AUGUCCACAAAUAUGAUCUUCGAAUUGUAUCGUCAUCGAUACGCUCUUUUGAGUCAUCAGUACACAAAAUCUCAGGAUGAGUUGGAUGCUAUAUUGUAUGCUUUCAAAAAUCUAAAAGACCUGGACAGUCGUUGGUCUCCACAAAUUAUCAAAAAAAUCUAUAAUUUGGACAAUUCUCCCACAGACGGCGACGCUGCUCUUGAAUACUACUUGGGCUCUUUUUCCUCUUCUAAAACUGACUUUACUUUGCCCAACUAUAAGUAUGAUGAAUACUCUUCUAUUGCUACCACUCUAGUCGACCAACAUCGCGAUCUAAGAUACUUCAACAGAGUUAUUGCUUAUGAGGCUCCCUUGCUAGCAAAAUAUAAAAAGCCUUAUAAAAAGAUGCAUCCGGUCCAAAAUCCAAUAGUAAUUAAAUACAAUAAAUGGAUUGGUGAGGAAAACCAUCCUCUAAACUCAAAGAUAUCAGUUUAUAUUGAUUUGGAUCCUUUUUUUAAAAAUUUGAAAUUCGACAAAUAUCAAAAACAUAAAUUCUUACUAUUAAUUUCUCAAAGAUACAAUUUCGAUAAAAAUCAGCUCAAAUUUUCUUGUAAUAAAUUUUCAGAUUCUUCCCAAAAUGUUAAAUAUUCUAUUGACAUUAUUAAAAAUUUAAUCCGUCUAUCAAAAUCCGAUCCUCAGCAACUUUAUGAUUUGCCCUUGGAUAACAGAUACUUUCUUGCUACAAAGCUCAGAAAACGUAAAAACCCUUUAAAUAUUGCUAAAGCCCAUCCUUUCCCAGAAGAAUGGAAAAGACUCGAUCUUGCUCCAACUCCAAAGACAGAUUUAAUUAAACAAUUUGCCGACACUUUUAUUGGAAGACCUCAAGAUUUUGUUGCUUAGUUACUGUCGUGCUUGGUUACUUUGGGGCUUUAUAUAAUUUUCCUUUAUUGUUGCUUGGUUUUUUUAUAAAAUAUGUAAAUAUUAUUCAAUAGUUUAAAUUUAUUAUAUACUAUUAUUUCUAAUACUAAUACUAAAAAAUGAAAG